AUGUCUAGCAAGAGCAAUUCAGCCUUUACAACUUGCUUGGAACACCCGGGCUUAGUUUCAGCAUGUGCUGAAGCAAUUGCUGGGUGUGAGCACCUCUUAACAGAAAUCCUCAUCCGACUGCCUACUAAGUCCCUGAUGAAGUUCAAAUCUGUCUCAAAACACUGGAACUUCCUCAUAUCUGCCCCAUACUUCUCUCUCCUGCACAUGCUUCAUAAUCCGAAGGAUUCCAUGCCCAUCUCUGGCAUUUUCCUCCGCAGGAGAUGUGUUCUAUCGCCUUAUGCUUACUGGUUUCUUCCUGUUACUGAUUCAAAUAUUAGUCUCCCAUCAUUUUCUGAGACAUCUAGCUCAACAUUUGAAAUCCCUGCAUUAGCUGGCCUGGUUGUAUCAAUCUUGCAGUCUUGCAACGGGCUACUGCUCUACUAUAGCAUCAGUCUGAGUAAUUCCCAGGUUCUGAAUCUCCAUGUUUGCAAUCCCAUAACUAGCCAAUUGAGAACGAUUCCAAACAUUCAGAACUCCUUUCUAUCAGCCACUCUGGCUUUUGAUCCACACAGUUUAAGCUAUGGCUACAAGAUAGUUUCUGUACACACAUCGGCAUCACCCGAUCAUUAUGCCCUCAAAGUAUAUUCAUCAGAGACAGGGUGCUGGAAAGAUGUGGAUGAAAUUAGUAUCAGGGUUCUAAACGAUAUGGCUCUCAGGAACGGAGUGUAUUGGAGAGGCUCUAUCCAUUGGGUUUGUAGCAGCGGGGAGUCAUUGUACUUGGAGGUUGAUAAAGAGCGGGUUGCAAAAAUGCCAUCUCCCGUUUUCUCCAGGCCAGAAAGAGGGAACAUGAAGUGUUUCGAAUGCAAGGGGAAGCUGUGGUGUCUGUGGCAUGAAUACAGUGACAUGACUUUGGAAGUUCAUAUGUUGGACAAUUAUGAGGAAGGUUGGCUCCUCAAGUUCACUUUAAAUCUUGGAGUUGUAAGGAAAGCAAGUUGCUUAUCGGGUGCUUAUCAUCCUGAAUUUGCAGUUCUUUCUCUAAUAAUUAGCAGAAAAUGUAAUGGAGGAGAGAAAUGCAUGAUGGUGGUUAUUCAUGUCCCUGGUAAAAUCUUGGGCUAUGACCUGGUGGAGGGAACUAUCAAGGAGAUGUGCAAGAUCCCACUGAUUGAAGGCGAGGCACCCGGGGAACGCCAAUUUUAUUGUGGUGAUGCUUACUUAUAUUGUUACAGUUUGGCAUGUGUGUGA